GCUCGUUUUGGACUACAAAGAUUUGGUGGCUGAUUUUCUUCCGCUCCUCCUUUCUUACACCGCGGCAACAAAAACCCAGAGACAAAGAGAUCAAAAACUAUCGAGACAAAACAGUUGUCGAUUCGUUUUUCCUCAGAUCUAAACGACGCCGCUUCUAAGAUCCACUAAAUCCAUAUGUCUUCUACUUUCAGCGGAGAUGAAACGGCACCGUUCUUCGGCUUCCUCGGCGCCGCUGCUGCUCUCGUCUUCUCCUGUAUGGGAGCUGCAUAUGGGACAGCAAAGAGCGGUGUGGGUGUGGCGUCGAUGGGUGUGAUGAGGCCUGAGUUGGUGAUGAAAUCUAUUGUUCCAGUUGUUAUGGCUGGUGUCUUGGGUAUUUAUGGAUUGAUUAUUGCUGUUAUUAUUAGCACUGGGAUCAAUCCUAAGGCCAAAUCGUAUUACCUUUUCGAUGGUUAUGCCCAUCUUUCAUCCGGUCUUGCUUGUGGCCUUGCUGGGCUUUCUGCUGGAAUGGCAAUCGGAAUUGUCGGUGAUGCUGGUGUCAGAGCUAAUGCACAGCAGCCAAAACUUUUUGUUGGAAUGAUCCUUAUCCUCAUAUUUGCUGAAGCUUUGGCUCUUUAUGGCCUUAUCGUCGGCAUCAUCUUGUCUUCUCGAGCUGGCCAAUCCAGAGCAGAAUAAGAUGCUCGCAAGGCUGUUUAGUAUUCUUUUAUAGCUCAUCCGUAUCACUGUACGGGAAAUAGUAUCGAUUAUGCUCAGGUUAAUCAUGAUUGGACAGCGAAUUCGCAUUAAUAUGGAUGAAAGCAAGUACUUGAGCAGUCAUUCGGUGGUUGCUCUUUCCUCUUUGUAGAAGUGGAAUUGCGUUUCUCUUAAUAAUUAUGUCUUGAUGCAUUUCAUGUUUGAUUUUUGUUUGUCAAUGUAUCUCGCAGAAGUUGAAACUACGAAUGAAGUUUAAUGUUGGAGAUAAUGCAUUUAGGAUCCAAAUUUUUCUGACAUUAUUUCCUUGUGAGCUUAUAUAGAUGGUCGCUUCCUGU